UCGAUAGCCAGAAGACAACUCUGUUCGAGCUGUCAAAAUGUAGUGCGGCCAACUUCACAUCCCUUUUCUCUCUUUUUGACGUGCUCUUUACAAUUAGCGCUCCAAAAUGACGAUUCGCCCAGCGUACCGGCCCAAGAUCAUCAAGAAGCGCACCAAGCACUUCAUCCGUCACCAGUCGGAUCGUUAUGCCAAGUUGUCGCACAAAUGGCGCAAGCCUAAGGGUAUUGACAACAGAGUGCGUCGUCGCUUCAAGGGCCAAUACUUGAUGCCCAACAUCGGUUACGGCUCCAACAAGCGCACCCGUCAUAUGCUGCCCACUGGCUUCAAGAAAUUCCUGGUGCACAAUGUGCGAGAGCUGGAGGUCCUGCUUAUGCAGAACCGCGUCUACUGCGGUGAGAUCGCUCACGCCGUCUCCUCAAAGAAGCGCAAGGAAAUCGUCGAGCGCGCCAAGCAGCUGUCGAUCCGUCUAACGAAUCCCAACGGACGUCUGCGUUCUCAAGAGAACGAGUAACCUUAAGAUUGAAAUGCUCUUUGUCGAGUUAUUGUAACGUGGUCGGAAUACAAAAUUUGAAACGUUAAAAGUGAAAA